GGACCAGCUGACGUUGCUUUCCGGACUGGCUGUUGACUUGUACUCAUCUGUUCCCUGUUCCCAGCUCUCCAAGCUUCCCCCUUCACUUCAGUUUACCUGAAAAGGAAAACACCUUACCUUAAAGCUCUCCUCGAACCCCUCCUCACCAACCAAAUUAUCACCAACUUUACCUACCUACUUUACGCUCUCAAGUGCGGGGGAAAUAGCUGUGCGCACCGUAGCACCCGGCCGCCUCUCUGUCCAAUUAUCCUCCGUCUUCCCCCUCCUUUACUACCAUCCUCUUUGAUUUGCCCUCCCCUUCCCCUUCUCGCUCUCAGAUUGUGCCGUGCCUGCCACUGCCACUUCCAGGUUGCUUCCUCUGCUGUGCUCUGUCUGCACCCACGCCACAAGCUUACCCGGCAGACCGUUGCCCGUCCGCCUUCUGCUGUUACAUCUGCUUCGUUGCUGCUCUUGCGUUUCGAACUCUCCGAGACGUCCCAUUCGGCACCACAUAUCGAACCAUUCCAAGCACCGCACCGGCGCUCGAUUUUCUUUGUUUGCUAUUUCUAGCGCGCAAUUGAAACUUGUCAAGGCUGACCGUUCCGGCGAGCGACACUUUUAUCUGACUCGCUGCUUCGAGAGACAGUUUUCUUCAGGCUGGCCGAUCGACAAGCGAAGUAAACAACCACCGAAAUCAUGCUAUCAAGACAACUUGCUCGUCGCGCCGCGGCUGGCGCUGUCGUCCGGCCGGUAACCACCAGAGCCUUUACCACCUCACUCGCCCUCUCGUCAAAACGCACCCCCUCCCUCGGGGACAUCGAGCCAGAGCAGCAGGAAGUAUUCAACAAGAAGCAGAAGGAGUUCCGGUUAAAGCUUGCGGAGGCGCAGAAGCAGCGGGAAGCCAGUGCGUUUGCCUCGUCUUCUUCUUCUUCUUCUUCUUCUUCUUCAACAUCGACCUCCUCUUCCCCAUCCACCUCGGCCUUGGGCCUUGGAAAGCUAAGCACAGGGUCGAGCACCGCUACAGGAACCACUGCCAACGCGGCCGAGCACGAGCCCCCUCGCAAGGCGGGCCCCCUGACGAACCUGAUUUACGGGACAAAGGAGGGCCGCGAGAUGGACGCCCAGAUCGAGGCCAGCUUCAGCCAGGUGCUGGCGCGCGGCAAGUAUGUGCACUCGAUUGUCUUCCACGAGGUCAAGCCCAAGGACGUGGACGAGUAUGUCGAGCUGGUGGGCAAGUGGUAUCCCCGCAUGGCCAGCAUGCCGGAGAAUAAGGUUCAUCUGGUGGGCAGUUGGAGAACGGAGGUUGGCGACUGCGAGACAUUUGUACACAUCUGGGAAUAUCAGCGCUAUCAAGGCUAUCAUGCCUCCUUGAACGCCAUCUCCCGCCACCCGGAAUAUCCAGCCUUUGAAAAGAAGCUCCGCGGCUUGAUUCGCAGCAAAAAGUCCUCUCUCAUGCAAGAGUUCUCUUUCUGGCCAACGACCCCUCCCCGACAGCUCGGCGGCAUCUUUGAGCUGCGCUCCUACACGCUCCAUCCCGGUAACCUUCUCGAGUGGGAGACGCACUGGAGGCGCGGACUCAAGGCCAGGCGCGAGGUGAUGGAAGGUGUGGGAGCCUGGUUUGUGCAGAUUGGCGAUCUCAACACGGUGCACCACCUCUGGCAGUUUGCUGAUCUCGAGGAGCGCAAGAUCCGCCGCGAGAAGAGCUGGAGCCAGGAGGGCUGGGCCGAAACAGUGCACAAGACGGUACCCCUGAUCCAGGAAAUGAAGAGCAGGAUUCUGGUGCCCAUGCCUUGGUCUCCAGUGGCCUAAACAUCCAUCCAGACAUGUUUUUUUGUUUGACCGCACCUGUAGCUAGCCAGGCAUGCUAAACUUGCUAAUCAUAAAUCAAUUCGAACCAAA